GUGCCGGCAGUACGGCUAAUAAAUUUGGUCUUGUGAUGAAUCUGACGGGAGAAAUCACCGAAGCGGUACGGUCUCGAAAAGAUGAUUAUGAAGAUCACUUGUGGGAAACGCGAUUGGAAAGGACACAAAUGAAGUUCUCAAAGCAGCCUCUGAUCGAGAAAUCCAAGAGCUGGAACAAAAGCAGCGUGAAAUCAACCAGCAGGUACGCCAAGCGGAUGAAGCACAUGCAGAAGCGAUAAGACAAUUACCGACCGGGUUCAAGGCCUUUAAGCAGCGGCUGGCACACGCCGUCGUAGAUGUGCUUCCUUCUCUUCUGACUGGAUAUGUCCUCGGCGCUCCAGCUGCGGUCGGCUCCUCGGUAACAUCAACAAGUGCAACUGGUUCUUCGCAAAGCAUUCCACCGAUCGAUCAUAAAGAAGCGUCCAUAGUAAUGGAAGUGACGGAUUCCAUCAGGAGCUACUUAAAACAGUCCAACUCCUCAUCAACAGAGAUCGCACAAUCAUUCUUUCGCAACACCAGGGUCGUCCUCGAGGCGCAACCACGUGCCGUCCCUUCUCCCAAUGGCCAACGCAUCCGUAAACUGAAUGACCAGGUUCCGGACGUUGCCGAUCGUGUUAGCGAUAGUGACGGAGAAACCGAGUGGAAAGGUGCAAAGAACGCCACUGGCCGAACUGAACCAGGAAGCACCUAGAACCUGUAUUCUGAAGCGCUGGCCCAACGCAACGAAAUUUUAAAAACCGACACCAGCAUUCAAAUGGUGGCGAAUCUGGAAGGCCCCUUCCUAACGAGCGCAUCAAAAUCUUCAUGACAGCCGAGUACGCUAAGGAAAAAGCCAAAGCGCAGAUGAAGAUCUUGCAGCUGCGAAUAAACUCGUAUCGGUCCUACUACCAGAUCAUCGGCCGUUUGGCCAUGUUGGAUAUGAAGACUGUGCGGUUUGAAGAAAUAAUCCAGCUACUAAAAGAUGCCACACAGGUUCUCGGUCAGCUGCGUCACCAAUGGAGUGCACUCGUUGACUUUUUCGCCGCUAUGACGUUUCAGGUAGACCGCGCGGUCAAACACUCCUUCAGGCCGCUGGCCGAUGCCGCUGCAAUCGCUAGUUUGGCUGACACCGAUCGCGACGGCCGGGAUUUCAUCGCCACGAUGAUUGUGGACGACUGCCAAGAGAUUCUAGGGCAAGCGUAUUUUCUGCGCGUGAUGGCUGGAAUGUAUCUUGAUGUCCAUGGAAAGCAUGUCAAUCAACAAUCAGCGGGAUUGUCCGCCCUCAACGCGCUGAGCCCCGGUCAGCAAAUGGCCGCUUUGCAGACUUUACAACAACAAGCCCUUGCGGCGGAAACCGAUAUUAAGUCGCGUUUGGUAGUGCAGGUCACGCAGCAGUUGCACCUGAUUACCAGCCUCGUCGAAAAAACCCAAACUGAUCCUCGACAAAUAGCUGUCCAUACUGUGAAUUGACUCUUUGUGGAAGUCAUCGCAAGAUAUGAGUGCUGUUUAGUGCAUUCCUUUUUUGGCUCGAAAUGUCGGUUAGUGGUCCACUCAAAGGCUUUGCACG